AUGGCAAGAAGCGAUCCAGACGACACCAACUUCACGGUCUUCAUCCGGCUACCUUUUCCCAGGGAAGACUUUGUGGAUCCACCGCCGGUGCAAUGGAAUGCUUUCAAGGACCAAAAGCUGUGGGAUAUCUUAUCCCGACCAUCUAAAGGGGACGAUAUUGACUGGAAAGCCUUGGCCGACCAUUUUGAUGUCACUCUACAAUUUCUCCUUCAGCAAGCCGCAUGGCUUUAUGACCGACAGCUGUCUCAAGUCCGCGCCCAGAUGCGCAAAGUGCCUACAGCACAGUCAAAUUCCCCCUCGCCAGCCCCAGGAUCUGUAUCAGGCAGCCCGCGAGCCCCUAGUCGACAAGCAUCCCAGCAGAAGGAUAUCCCCCAGCGAGGUCCCAUUGGCCGACGUGGUAGUUCUACCUCGACGACCACCGUGAAUCAUUUCCAGCAUUCUCGGGAUACAUCCCGUAACGACACCCCGACUACAGAUGGUCGAGAGCAACGAUGGGAGAGUUAUGUUCCCCGCCCAUCAACUACAAAAAAGGAAAAUCCACCUGCGGCUUCAUUUUUACGAUCGCCUCCUCUCGAGGAGGAAGACUCUUCAAGUUCCGAAGAUUCCGAUUCAGAGGAAGACUCAAGUCGCAGAGGGCCUAGGUAUCGACGCUUCGGGAAAUUUUCCACGCAACGAGCUGGUCUGCGUGAUGAUGAGCAAGUAGAUGAUGAUGAUGACACUCCUGCAUUCCUACCUAUGGCUCGUGAUGCCGAACCUGGUCAUCGAGAUCGGCGAGAUCGGCCAGGUGAAGAGCUAAGUGCAACAUUACGACUCGACGCGGAACGUGCUGCUACUGCACGGCGACAUAUGGCAGACCGAUCUGGGCCCAGAGGGCCUACGAAUAUGGAGUCAUCGACGAGUUCUAUCAGCUCUGGAGCCCCAGCAAGUCACACACAGGGAGAUAGUGGCAGGAUUGGCCCAUUGAGUCCCCACCGAGCCGGGAUGGCCCUCCGCCAGAGCUCUCGCAAGUCUACAGCGUCAGGGCGAGAGGCUAGCGAUGAUGCCAGCGUUACACAAUCAGCUCUGGAAGAAGCUUUGGCGAGCAACAUGCAACAUGGAGGCAUGGCCAGCCGAAUGAGCACCAUCAGUCAGGCGUUGCGCAGCCGCUACCUGCAAUGA